AGACCCCAUGGCCUGGGCUCGCUGGGGCUGCUGCCCCUGGCUUGUCCUCUUCUGUGCUUUGGGUGCCUGGGGCCACCCUAAACCAGUGGACCUGAGUGGAGAGGAUGUGAGAAACUGUUCCAUCAGCCCUCCGUACCUUCCAGUUACUGCGGUCAAUACCACGGCACGGCUCACAGCCCUCCGCCAGCAGAUGCACAUCAAGAAUCUCUCUGCCUACAUCAUCCCUGAAACGGAUGCCCACAUGAGUGAGUACAUCGGCAAUCGUGAUAAGAGGCGUGCAUGGAUUACAGGCUUUACAGGGUCGGCAGGAACGGCAGUGGUGACCAUGGGGAAAGCAGGUCUCUGGACUGACAGUCGCUACUGGACCCAGGCUGAGCGGCAGAUGGACUGCAACUGGGAGCUACAUAAAGAAGUUGACAUAAUUUCCAUCGUCACCUGGCUCCUCAAUGAGGUUCCUGCUGGAGGCAGUGUGGGCUUCGACCCCUUUCUCUUCUCCAUCGGUUCCUGGGAGAGUUACAACACGGCCCUCAAAAACUCUAACAUAAAACUGGCAUCCACCACAGCCAACCUUGUGGACCUGGCAUGGGGAUCAGAGAAGCCUCAGUUUCCAAGCCAGCACAUUUAUGCCCUGCAGGAUGCAUUCACAGGGAGCACCUGGCAGGAGAAGGUAGCUGACAUCCGCAGCCAGAUGCAGAAGCAUUACAAAGGCCCAACUGCAGUCCUUCUGUCGGCACUCGAUGAGACGGCCUGGCUCUUCAACCUUCGAGGCAGUGACAUCCCUUAUAACCCCUUCUUCUAUUCCUACACACUGCUCACAGACUCCUCUAUCAGGUUAUUUGUAAACAAGGAUUGCCUUGACUCUAAGACCCUGAAGUACCUGAACUCCAACUGCACGGGCUCCAUGUGUGUGCAGCUCGAGGAUUACAGCCAGGUCCGUGGCACCGUCCAGACCUAUGCCUCCGGAGAUGUGAAGAUCUGGAUUGGGACCAGCUACACGACAUACGGGCUCUAUGAAGUGAUACCUGUGGAAAAACUUAUAAAAGACACCUACUCCCCAGUGAUGGUGACCAAGGCAGUGAAAAACAGCAAGGAGCAGGCCCUCCUCAGGGCCAGCCACGUGCGGGACGCCGUGGCUGUGAUCCGCUACUUGGUGUGGCUGGAGAAGAACGUGCCCAAAGGCACGGUGGAUGAGUUCUCAGGGGCCCAGUGGCUGGACCAGUUACGCAGAGAGGAAGCGUUCUCCUCUGGACCCAGUUUCGAAACCAUCUCUGCUAGUGGCCUGAAUGCUGCCUUAGCCCACUACAGUCCAACCAAGGAGCAGCACCGGAAGCUGUCUUCAGAUGAGAUGUACUUGCUGGAUUCUGGGGGGCAAUACUGGGAUGGAACCACAGACAUCACCAGAACAAUCCACUGGGGUACCCCCUCUGCUUUCCAAAAGGAGGCAUAUACCCGCGUGUUGAUAGGAAAUAUCGAUCUGUCCAGACUCGUCUUUCCUGCUAGUACAUCAGGGCGAGUGAUGGAGGUCUUUGCCCGCAGAGCCUUGUGGGAUGUCGGGCUCAAUUAUGGUCACGGGACAGGCCAUGGCAUUGGCAACUUCCUGUGCGUGCAUGAGUGGCCAGUGGGAUUCCAGUCUGGCAACAUCCCCAUGGCCAAGGGCAUGUUCACUUCCAUCGAGCCUGGUUACUAUCAGGAUGGAGAAUUUGGGAUACGUCUUGAAGAUGUGGCCCUCGUGGUAGAAGCAAAGACCAAGUACCCAGGGUCCUACCUGACCUUUGAAGUGGUGUCCUUGGUACCCUAUGACCGGAACCUCAUUGACGUCAGCCUGUUGUCUCCCGAACACCUCCAGUACCUGAACCGCUACUACCAGACCAUCCGCGAGAAGGUGGGCCCAGAGCUGCAGCAGCGCUUGCUGCUGGAGGAGUUUGAGUGGCUGCAGCGGCACACAGAGCCCCUGUCCGCCAGAGCCCCGUGUACUGCCUCCUUGGCCUCUCUGCUGGCAGUCUCCUCUCUUACCAUCCUCAGCUGGAGCGUCUAGACACGCAGACUCCCUGGCCAACGCUCUAGCUCAUCUCCCCUCACCCUGCACCACCCGCGCUCCCAGAGCCCCUGCCAGCCCAUUGCCCGGAAACCAUUGCCCUCAGCUUUCUUCUCCAGGACUAAACCCCAGCGACCCAGGGCUUCUUGGCCCUGGCAUGUCCCCGAAGGGCCUGUACACCUCACCCUAGGCUCCCAACCCCUAGCCCUGGGAUAGGAGAGUCCCCUGGCACCUUUCCUCUUGUGAG